AAUUAUUAAUUUUCAGUUAUUUGCCGUUGAUAUUCCGAAAAGUUCGCAACUAAAUUGUGCUGCGGUCGUCGCUGAAGUGUUGGACAACAAACGAGUCUAUUUCGAGGCGCUCAAAAACAUACAUUCUUUUCGUGCCUGCAAAGACGACGACGACAAACCGGAAGCGGAAAGCAAAAUACAUGAGUCAAGUGCCGUAAAUAAGUGGCCAGCUGAGAAAAUUCGGGUGAAACCAAUCAAAAAAACUGACGUUGUGGCCAAUAACGCCAAUAAAACCAAUAAAAGUGAAAGGACUUACAUAGUUCGGUGAAAUUGUGAUGAGAGUAUUUUAAUUUUUAGAGUAAUAAACAAAGUUUGCAUAAAAAUAAAUCUCUAAAAUAUUAUUUCAAUACGAAUGCUAGUGCUUAUAAGUAGUUAUUUUUGUGACUUAAAUACUUGGAAAAAGUAAAUUUUGUGUGAAAAUAAAUAUGGCUGAUAACACGCCAAACGGCAAAGUCGAUGGUCAGGGCGGCCCUACUGUACCGACCAUUUCGGGGAUUUUAUCCAACACGCAACACAACGGACAUCCGCCAAGUGCCAACAACAGUGCGCCCAACACGCUCACCGAGAAUUAUCACCUGAGCACCGACAGUGGCAAUGCCGCCAGCCGCAAGAACUCCCGCCUCUCGCUACGUGGCUUCGGCCACUUUCUACGCAAGAAUUCACGGCAAGAAGACGAUCGCAAAUUCAGUUUGGCGCAAUUAACGACGGAAGCGCUGCCGAGAUUAGAUAAUUACAGAAUAUCAAAGCGCAAUAUGAAGCGGCCAUCGAUUGGUGAACUGCACGGCGAGUUGCAAGAGCAGAGCAUCCAGAUGCCCGAUCCGCCACCCGAAAGCAACAGUCACAUGAUCAAAUUAGGUUGGAUCAAUGGCGUCGUCAUACCGUGCCUACUUAACAUUUGGGGUGUCAUGCUAUUCCUGCGCCUCAGCUGGGUAGUCGCAGAAUCUGGCAUAAUGCAGUCAUUGAUUAUCAUCACCAUUUCGGCAGUAGUUUGCGUGAUCACCACACUCUCGUUAUCGGCGAUCAGCACGAAUGGUGAGGUAAAGGGAGGCGGCGUAUAUUUCAUAAUUUCACGCUCUCUGGGUCCCGAGUUUGGCGCUUCUGUGGGAGUGGUCUUUGCAUUUGCAAAUGCUGUCGCGGCAUCCAUGAAUACCAUUGGCUUUUGUGAUUCGUUAAAUGAUUUAUUGAAAAGUCACGGUUUGCAAAUCGUCGAUGGUGGUAUUAAUGAUGUGCGAAUUGUUGGUGUAUGCACUAUAGUGGUGUUGAUUCUUAUUUGCUGCAUCGGCAUGGAAUGGGAGUCAAAAGCGCAAAAUUUCCUUAUCGUCACUAUUGUCUUGGCUAUAUUUAAUUUCUUAAUUGGUGCAGCGAUCGGACCACGCGGAAACGAGGAAGCUAUUGCCAAAGGUUUUGUGGGUUUCUCAUGGAGCAACUUUAAGGAAAAUUUUGGCGGCGACUAUCGCUAUUCGGAAGGAAUUGAUCAAGACUUUUUUAGCGUAUUUUCAAUUUAUUUUCCGAGUGUAACUGGUAUUCAAGCUGGUGCAAAUAUUUGCGGUGACUUGAAAGAUCCAGGUGCGGCUAUACCCAAAGGAACAUUUUGGGCUCUUAUGAUUUCUAUGGCUUCAUAUGCUUUGUUCGUUCUAUUCGCGGGAGGUGCAGCUGCACGUGAUGCUUCCGGAAAUGUUAGCGACUUAAUUAACGGCACAUUGAUCAGUUCCGAACUGCCUUGUAAAUUGAACAAUACUUGCUCGUACGGCCUCCACAAUUCCUAUUCUGUCAUGCAACUGAUGUCUAUUUGGGGUCCGCUGAUCUAUGCCGGUUGCUUCGCUGCUACACUCAGUACGGCACUCACUAACAUACUUUCAGUACCGCGUCUUGUACAAGCCUUGGGCAUUGAUCGCAUUUACCCUGGUUUGAUUUUCUUCUCCAAACCAUAUGGCAAGCAUGGCGAACCCUAUCGCGGCUACGUGCUUACCUUCAUCAUAUCGGCCGGGUUCUUACUGAUUGGUGAACUGAAUGUCAUUGCACCACUGAUUUCCAACUUCUAUUUGGCUUCGUAUGCCUUAAUCAACUUCUGUACAUUCCAUGCGUCAUUCGUUAAACCACUCGGUUGGCGUCCAACUUUUAAGUACUACAAUACAUGGCUAAGUUUAUUCGGGUUCAUACUAUGUAUCUCCAUUAUGUUCCUGAUCGAUUGGAGAUCUUCGCUCAUCACAUUGGUCAUAAUAUUUGCUCUCUAUCUGAUCGUUAUGUAUCGAAAGCCAGAAGCUAAUUGGGGCUCCUCGACACAGGAGCAACAGUAUAAGGCCACACUCACAGCAGUGCAUCGCCUUCAAAAUGUUUCUGAUCACGUCAAAAACUACCAUCCACAAAUACUGGUGCUCAGUGGUGAUCCAAGCAGUCGUCCGCCUCUAAUCGAUUUCGGCAACAUGCUAACUAGACAUAAUUCCCUAAUGUUUAUCGGCAAUGUUGUACCGAUGAGCAUGGGAUACAAAAAUCGUUUAAGUAUUAUAAAGGACGGCCAGAAGUAUUUGGAUGCACGAAAAAUUAAGGCUUUCUACAAUGUCAUCGACGGUCUGUCAAUGGAGGAGGGUGUUAAUGCGCUAAUUAAGUCGACUGGCUUCGGCAAAUUAACACCAAACAUCGUGUUGAUGGGCUACAAAACAGAUUGGGCGCAAUGCCGCCGACAAUGUGUGGAGAGCUACUUUAACAUUCUGUACAACGCCUUUUCACAACGAAUGGGCGUGGUCAUACUACGUCUUCCGAAUGGAUUAGAAUUUUCCGAACUCAAUCCAGAAAUUCCGAACAAUGGCCGUCAUGUACACAAUGCUAACGAAUUGGGUUACACGAAUGCGCUGAUACCAAGCGCGAAUGCAGCUUCGGAGUUACUGCAUGUUGACUCAAAUUUAAACCUGGCUGGCAUUGAUAGCAACAAUUCAUCGUUUGCAGUAUCUCAGACGUCAUCGAUGCCCAAUAUGACGAGUUCUCGCAAGUAUACAGUAAGCCAGGGUGAUGGCAUAAAAUACCUAACGAAAGGUGGAUCGGAAGUGCCUAAGGAUGUGCUCGAUGCAGUGACGGUAUUCCUACGCAAGCAACCGAAGGGAAGCGUCGACGUUUUCUGGCUUUACGAUGAUGGCGGUUUGACCAUGUUGCUGCCCUAUAUACUUUCGUUGCGCUCAAAUUACCAAAAUUGCAAGCUGCGAGUAUUUGCUUUGAGCCAUGGCAAAGAUGAGGAAAUGGAGGAGAAAAACAUGGCGAAUUUGUUAAAGAAAUUCCGCAUCAAAUUUUCCGAGCUAAUAAUGCUCAAGGGUCUCUCGACGAAACCGCGCAUGGAUACGCUGCUUAAACAUAGACAACUCAUACAAAGCUAUUGUCACAAUUCCGCCAAUGAGAUGCGCUAUCUUGAAGAGGAGCUACGCUCAUUGGAAGAGAAAACACACCGACAGCUGCGCAUACACGAGCUAGUAGUGGAACACUCGUCUAAGGCGACGCUCGUUGUUAUGUCCCUGCCAAUGCCACGAAGAGAAGCGAUAUCGGCCGCGUUGUAUAUGUCUUGGCUGGAGAUGCUUACCGCCGAUAUUAAUUGUCCUGUGGUGCUGGCGCGUGGCAAUCAAACGCCAGUUUUAACCUUCUACUCGUAGUUGUAGUUGCGGUGCUCCACAACCACCAAUGCACUUAUUACUACAAACGUACAUGCUUACAUAUGUAUA